AAUUUACAGCGUAAUUGCACAAUCUCUGAUUGAAAUAUUCAACCCCUCGGUGAGAUUUCCCCAAUCCCACAAAAAUAUUAUGCAUAUCGAUACGGUACUAAACAAUUAUACAGUAGAUAUAGGUCAUGUCAUGGUUGCUGGGUUAUCUUCCUUGUAUACAGGUACGUGCAUGGCUUAAACAUUUUGCGACAACGAUAACGCUUAUGUGAAGUAUGGUGCAAGUCAUCGGCAGGAUGUACUGGUUUCUACUUCUGUUGGUUCGAUUUGUACCGGUUUCUUCAGAACAUCUAGUUCAGAAGUGUCCGGUGAAUAAGACGGACUGGAGCCUGGCCUCAGCACGUCGUGGGUGUAACAAAACACACCCGUAUCAUUGUCUGCCAAACAGUAAUCUAUCAUCAUUGGUAGAACUUUGCUAUAAGAAAACUUAUUUUAUAAAAGGAUGUCUUAAACUGUUGGAUAAUGGUUACGUGGACAAAGUGGAGUGUGAUGGGUUUGUCUGCGGUUGCCCUGAUGCACCCUAUUUUGGUCAUGAACUUUAUAAAUAUCCAAAGUGCUUGGACUUAAACACACAGGAAAGAUGUUUCGCCGCAGACACUGAUUGCCUGAAACUAACAUUCUGCAAUACAUCGGACCACUGUGAUACGUCAACAAAGCCAGUUACCCCAGAAUGUAUAUGCAACGACACGUUAUCUACUGCCAUUUGGACAGCCAUUGUAACAGCUGUCAUAAUUUAUGUGGCACCGAGAGUAAAAGGGUGGUGUACACGAGGAUCCGCACCAUCAAUGUCAGAAAGACUUGAAGAAGCAUGUCGAGAAGGAGAUGCUGAAAAGUACCUUAACCUGAAGAAAGAAGAAAGUCUUACACUACUUUUUGCAGCAGUUAAUGAAAAUGGCUGGAAUUUCUUGCACCACGCAUCCUACGGUGGAAAUGCUAGCAUUUUUAAAGAUUUGCUUGAAAACGAAAAGGUGAAUAUUUCUCAAAUAAAUCACGAAAAAGGAACAGUUUUACACAUUGCUUCUAAAUAUGGAAGGAAAGAAAUUUGUGAACUUAUUUUAGAGAACGAAGAACACAAUUCUCUUCUCAAUAUGAAAGAUGAUAAACAUAUGAACGCGGGACAUCUUGCAGCCUGGUACGGCCAUAUUGAUGUCUUGGAACUGCUAAUCACAGCCGCAAAAAGUUCUGUUCUAAAAAAGGUAGACAAUACAGAGCAAGAAAAUAUUGCCAUACUCGCGUGCAAAGGCAAAAGCUUGGACACACUGAAAUUCAUAGGCAAUCAUCCGGAAGUAAGACAGGUCUUGCAUGAAACAAAUUUCGAGGGAUGGAACGUUGCACACUACGCCGCAAAAAGUGGUAAUGACGACAUGCUGGAAUAUUUGAUUAACGAAAAGAAGGUUGACUGUGUUAACGCAUCAACAACAGAUGAAAAAACUUGUCUACAUACAGCUUGUGAAAAAGGUCAUUACGAAGCCUGCAAAUCUUUGGUUAGAAUGAAACCCUCAAUAUUACGUUUAAAAGAUAAGAAUGGAAAGCAUGCUGGACAUUACGCUGCCAUGAAUGGAAGUGUCCGCAUUAUCAAGUAUUUAAAGGAUCGUGGAUUAGAAUUGGAUAAAAACGAUAACGAAAAUCAUAAUAUACUGCAUAUCGCAUGUCUUCAUGGUAAAUUAGAGUUAUGUAAGUAUUUAGCUAAAGAGUUUCCCAAUUUUCUGAAACAGAAAACGGAAAAAAAAUCAUAUAACGCAGCCCUGUUCGUUGUAGAAGGAAAUGACGAUGAAAACACAAGUAUCAAAAUACUAGACUUUCUCGUUAAUAAAGGUCUUGAUAUUUAUACUGUUUCAGCCUCUGGAAAGUCUGUCCCAUAUUUAGCCUGCGAAAAGAAAUUACGAGUUUUAUAUGAAUAUUUGAUGAAGAAAUAUCCUCAAUUUUAUGAGAUAGAUUACGGGGAUAUGGAUCCUAUAGAAGCCGUUGAUGGUGAUAAGAAAUUUAAAGCGAUACAGAGAAAAUAUGACCCAAAGACUAAAUCAACAAUGUUCACUGGUUCUCAGCUACUAGAUAAUUGUAUAAUAUUGUAACAAUAUUAGCUGGUUCUCGGCGACUAGAUCAAUGUAUAAUAUUGUAACAAUGUUAGCUGGUUCUCGGCUACUAGAUGAAUGUAUAAUAUUGUAACAAUGUUAGCUGGUUCUCAGCUACUAGAUAAAUGUAUAAUAUUGUAACAAUGUUAGCUGGUUCUCAGCUACUAGAUAAAUGUAUAAUAUUGUAACAAUGUUAGCUGGUUCUCAGCUACUAGAUGAAUGUAUAAUAUUGUAACAAUGUUAGCUGGUUCUCGGCGACUAGAUGAAUGUAUAAUACUGUAACAAUGUUAGCUGGUUCUCGGCGACUAGAUGAAUGUAUAAUAUUGUAACAAUGUUAGCUGGUUCUCGGCGACUAGAUGAAUGUAUAAUAUUGUAACAAUGUUAGCUGGUUCUCGGCGACUAGAUGAAUGUAUAAUAUUGUAACAAUGUUAGCUGGUUCUCGGCGACUAGAUGAAUGUAUAAUAUUGUAACAAUGUUAGCUGGUUCUCGGCGACUAGAUAAAUGUAUAAUAUUGUAACAAUGUUAGCUGGUUCUCAGCUACUAGAUAAAUGUAUAAUAUUGUAAUUGUAUGAAUACAUACAUAUAGUUGAAAAAAUUGAUAGUGUAAUUGUAUAUCCAAUACUUGUACAAAUGUUUUAUUCGCAAUUUGUGCCCUAAAUAUUUUUACAGUUAAAACUGAAUAGCGUAAAUCGAACAAAGUUGAUUUCUCAAGCAGAAGGUGCGCAGCAGUUUGCCGGGAGACAACGUAACUAAGGGGACAGAAUCGUAUUACAAUAACUGAAAUGUGAUAUGUCAUACAUGCAAUACAAUAUAAUAAAUAAUAUUCACAAAUCGAAUUUCAUUUCCAAUUUUGAAUGUAUGCGCCUUUUUGCAUUUAUGGCAAUGCCAUAUUCUACAGAUAUUUGU